UGAGCGGCAAAUUACACAUCACUUGUGGAUAUAAAACAUCUGGGCAACAAAACUGUUUAAAGUGAGGCAGCUGUGUGGAGGCAGAACAGACAGGACACCGUGGUCAGAGCCGCUCUGACGCCUCUCAACAUGAAUUCUGCUUUUAUGUUUUGGGUUUUUUCUCUGUUUGCCGCAGUAGCAGCUCAGUCUUAUUACAAUGAUGAAAUGUCCUGGGUCAACUUGUACCGCCAAGGCUUUAAUUUCCAGUGCCCUCAUGGAGAAGCCAUGGUGGCCAUCAGGAGCAUGUUUAAUAAGGAGGAAGGCUAUGACCGCCUGUGGACCUUUGAGUGCCAGCAAACACCCGAGGAGCUGGGAGAGCCCACCGACUGCUGGUGGGACGACAUUAAUCGGGCCGGGUUGGAGUGGAGUUCAUCAUGCACCAAUAAUGGAUUGGUAGCAGGCGUGCAAAGCAAGUACUUUGAGUCUGUUCUUGACCGGGAAUGGCAAUUUUACUGCUGCCGUUAUCGUCGCAUUUGUCCAUACUCAUGCAUGAAAACCAUGGAAGUGCCUGAGAACUACCAAGAGGAGGGUGAAAUGGUAGUCCCGACAUAUGGUUACUUCAUCAGGGGUGCCCAGACCACUUUCAGUGGAGUUCUCAGAGAUCGGCAGUGGAAGUACAUCAUUUGCAGAAUGACAGCCUUUGACUGCAAAUUUGAAAAUUUGUAGAGUUGUAAACAUUUCUGCAGCAUCCUUAGCAUUACUUAAUCAAUCAUAACAAGAAAAUGCAGCUUUGUUCUUUCCAUUUAGAGGAAAAACCUUUUACUAUCUCACAUAACCCUAAGAAAAUCCCCUUGAUCAGAGCAAUGUUAACAUUUUUAACUAUAUUUGCUUAUAAUAUUUUUUGACGCCUGUACCAUCAGCUUUGAUCAAUGUUACUAGUUUAGCAUGCAAGAACAACUGUUUAUAUAGAGGUAAAUGUUAAAAUGGUAAAAUAAAAAAACACUACUAUGAAGUAUUUUUGCUGUAAGAGGUCCCAAAGCAUCUUGGACGGCUUGAUUGUUUUGUAUAUAGCUCUUCUGGAUGAAUACAACAGCAGUCUUUCAACAGAAACUCCACCAUUUGUUGCUUUGUUUGUCGCAGUUUAAAACACUUCCUAAAGAUCCCUUGGGGAAGAUCUGGUGACCAACACUGAACUAGCAUACAGCAUACACCAUUACCAUUCACUUACCUAUCGGGUCUCUUGGAAUGGGGGUAUUGUCGACCUUGAAGUUACCCUCGCAAUAAAAAAAUGAUCGACAGGAUGAAGACGGUUAUUCAGAAUUGCUUGAAAUUUGAGUGCUAAGUGGCUGAGUGAAUACAAACCCCGCCUGAAACAUACUACCGUUUAACCUCUCACAACAGUCUACAGCCAUUUUACCUGAUUGAUGCCCACAUUAUUUCAAGCAUCUUUAUUAAGUUAAGCAAUUGUCCUAUAUAUGUAUACUGUACUGAAAGCCAUGUGUCUUGCAACUAUGUUGUAAAAAAGCCAGGAUUGAAAUGUUCCUCUUCUCUUGCUGACCUCAUAAG